AUAAAUACAACGUAUUUUUAGAAAUGUAUGCCGUCACGACAUUAUCAACCCAAAUACGAUACGCGCACGCAAAGGAAGUAGAGCUUGGAAAGAAACGCAACUUUAGACAAAAAUACCCGUUUUUAUUGAUCUGAAAAUCACAUACAUCAUUCAUAGAGAUUUUUCGAAAAAAUUUGAGUGGUCACAUUCACAUUUUGUGAUGCAUUUUAGCCCAACAAGUGUAUAAAACGCAAGUAUUGACAACAAAUAUGGCGGACAAGUUAAAUAUAUUCGAGUUACCUCCCUUUGUAUAUAGAGGAAUAUGAAUGAAGUUGAAACAUAAUGUUGAAGUAAUUUUACCAGAGGUGACUGUCCAAUUAAAUAAGUUUUGUAUUGAAGAAUGGAACAAGCUGCAAGAUUGUCACCUUGUAAACUUGUGGUGACUUCUGUUUUGGAACCUAAAGAUGAAGUAAAUGAGAAACUGGAGAGAUGUUACAAUACAGUAAUUGGAAUUCAGAAUAGUUUGUCUGAGAGAGAAGCAAACGAUGCACUUAACUCCUAUGCAUGCCGUGGAACUCAACAACAUGAAGAAAUUCAGUUGGGAUUACUAUAUGGGAUUCUUACGGAUCCCAAAAUGGCACCAAAGCAUUACAGAGACAUGACUUUGGUUAGCCGAGAUGGCCUCACCAUUGUAUUGACUAAAACCAAUCAAGUUGUUUUUGAGAAAUGGUUGAAGCUGUUGGACAACACAAGAUCACAGAUUGUAUGGUUAUGUAAGGAGCUGAUACAGAAUGGAAUUAUUGGAGCAGACAGUGUGUGUCAUAGUCUUAUCAGACAGAUAGCAGGUGGUGAUAUAACCCCAAAGAAUAUCUGGUUAACAGAAGUCAUGGUGGACAUAUUUACUGAGAAUAGACCUUGGUUGGACAAAUUCCCCAAUCUACUGUCCACGGUUGUAUAUACGUAUCUCCGGGUGAUUGUUGAUCACAACGGACAGAUGUUUGUAAAUCUACGACAGAAGGAGGUGGAUCUUUGUAUUUCCAUUCUACGAGAGAAGUGGACAGAUUGUCAAGCAGUGGGGAGAGAUUUAGUUCGUCUUCUACAAAAUGUCGCAAGAAUCCCAGAGUUUGAAAAACUGUGGAGAGAUAUUAUGUUAAAUCCUUCAGCAAUCUGUCCAACAUUUACUGGAGUCCAACAGCUGAUGCACACACGGACGUCCAGGAAAUACCUGAUAAGUCGACUGACUCCAGACAUGGAAAACAAACUGGUGUUCCUCAUCACAAAGGUUAAAUUUGGUCAGCACAAAAAAUAUCAGGAAUGGUUUCAGAGACAGUAUCUGGCCACCCCAGAGAGUCAGUCCCUGCGCUGUGAUCUGAUUCGGUACAUCUGUGCCGUUUUCCACCCCCCUAAUGAACUUCUGUGUUCUGAAAUCAUCCCUCGCUGGGCUGUCAUUGGUUGGCUGCUGACCACAUGUACUUCAGCAGUUGCAGCCUGUAAUGCCAAAUUAGCAUUAUUCUACGAUUGGUUGUUUUUUGAUCCCGAGAGAGAUAGCAUCAUGAAUAUUGAGCCCGCAAUAUUAGUCAUGUUUCAUUCUAUUCGUCCUCAUCCUGCCAUUACAGCUACAUUAUUAGAUUUUCUCUGCCGGAUCAUGCCAAACUUUUGUCUGCCAUUAAAUGAGCAAGUCAAACAAGGAAUUUAUACCUCACUGAAAGUCAUUCUGGAGAAGAGAGUGCUACAAUCUUUGUCACCAUUAUUUGAUAACAACAAACUUGACCAAGAAUUAAGAAUCCUCAUUCGGGAAAAUUUCAGUGAAUUCUGCUCACAAGAAGUUGUUAAAGAGGACACAUUGAAUAACAAGGAUGUGAUAGAAAUAGACAAUGGGAAUCACGUAGAGAAUAAUCUGGACGCAGCUUUUAGUGACGAAGAGGAUGAUAUUCCACUAGAUAAGCUCCGAACUGACUGUACAUUUCAACCGAUCCGAGACACUCGGUAUGAGGCAGUGGAUUUAGACGAAUAUCUACAACAGCUGGGAGGUGAUAUUUACGAGUACACUGUCCAACUCAGAGACGAAAAAGAUCAGGAGAUUCAGUGUGAGGUGAUGGACAGACUUCUACAAACAAUACUGAGAGAGGACGAGUGUGAUCAGGAUAUGACGGUUCCGUUAGCAGCGUGCAUUUGUCAGAUUCUGUCCAGCCAACUCAAUAGCAAUCUCUUCCCCAAAGACCUCGAUGAUGAGUCUAUAGAAGAUUCAAUAGGAUCACCUUUAUUUGUCAUGUUUAGAUUUUUAACUACUAUGCCAGAGGAGGAUCCAAACAGGCAGCCCAUCUUACAGCUUUUGGGGGAAAUGUACAAUAAACAGGCCAGGAUAGGCUACUACCUCCUCUACUUUAUCAAAGUCGGCAAAGUAAAUGAUGAGAAGAUGAACACAUACAAGGACUUCUGUAAAAGUCUGGACAACAAAGAUCUGACCUCAUGUUUAAUGAGAGACAUGAAGCUAUGUCAAGAAGAUGAUGUUCGAUUGUUUACCUUCCUCAUGCCUGAUAUCUAUACUAUAUUUCCCAACAUAGCAAUAGGAAAUGUAGAACUCCUUCACAUGAUCGUAUCAGCCAUUGAUGGCACACAGCUACAAGAACUGAUCUGCCAGAUUUUACAAGGUCAUCUUGUAAUGUUUAGAAAGGACUCCUUUCUUUCCAUAUUAAAUGGAAGCCUAGAGUGGGAGACCUUAGAACAAUACUUCCUGUGGCAGUUAAUCUCCGCCCACAACAUCCCUGUGGAUUACAUCAUGCCGGUCCUCCCCAAACUGGACUAUACAGCUCAUGCAGAAGCAUUGUCCAGUAUACUAGUGCUACUAAAACAAGAAGGGCCCUCAUCUGAUCUCAUCCGACCCAUUCUAUGUCGAGACUUUAAGAAGACAGAUUUCUUCACGGUUUCUAUCCUGAAAUACUGGGCUCAGGAAUAUGAGGACAAAUUGGCAGAGAUAAUUCUGGCUCAGGUCUCCAAAAUGAAUGGCACUCCAAAGAAACGUCAAAGGGUUGGAAGUGCAGGGUCCAAGAAAGAUGGCGUCAGCAUUGAACAAAUUUUGUCACAUCUGGAUCACAUGAGACAAGUUUGCAAAAACAUUUCUUUUUUGAACAAUGAGAGUAUCCAGCAUGCACUGCAACAAGUUCACCAAAUGUCCAACGAAACCUUGAAAACAAAAUUCAGUGACCUGCUUGCAUUAGCAGACGACAUUGAGACAGACUUUAAAUCUGUACGUGUGUUGCGUGGGGUACCAGCUAGAAAGGCAGCCAAUGCCAGCGCAGCUAUGGGGCUCGACAAUCGGAACUCACGGAAAAUCAGCAAAAAGGUCGUCCACGACAGUAGUGGAUCGGGUGAUAGUAGUGAGGAUGAAGAAAUUAAACCAAGACCAAAGAAAAGGAAAAAAGCCAUACCAGUAGAGGAAGAUAGUGAUUGAGCAAUUACCUGUGGUCAGAGUUAAUGAUCAAACAAUACCAUCAAUGGAAGAUACAGAUCCAUCAAUACAUUUGAUGGAGCAUAGUGAUUGAACAAUACCAUUGAUGGAAGAUUAGUAAUACUACAAUCAAAGUCAAUGCAAAUCAAACUGGAAGACAGACCAGAACGUGACUGUCGUCCCCUAACUUUAUAUAGUGCUCUUGUCAGUUGUCAAGGUCAUUCAGAAGGGACACAAAGGACAAUUUGGAAACAGAAGACAGUGUUUUAUUCUGAAGUCUUUCAUUUUACCAGGAUGUGAGCAGUUUGUUUUAUCUGUGGUAGGAACUUGGAAUCUCAUCAUCCAGACAUUUGUGCUUUCCAAUUAAAUCAGUUGAUGCCAAAGGGCAUUCCCAAAGACCUUACUAUUAGUGUAAAAGGAGUUUUAGCUGUGGCGUGUGUGUCGGUGAUAUGUGUGAGGAACAUAUUAAUGUGAAGUGUGUCUGUAACUCUACACAUGUGAUACAUGUUCAGUUAACAUCUAAAAAUCUGUGAUGUGUUUCUCAGAGAUAUCAACAAAUGUCACGUGUCACAACAACAUAAAAAAAAUGUUGUGUGUUGUUACAACAUCCAAAAAAACUUUAUAGUGAUCAAUGAAUGACAACAGUGCUACUCACACCCCUUGAAUUUUGAGUAUGUCGGGCAGUGCUCAGUGCUACACAGCUCACCAGAAACAUUUACAGGCAGCACACCUGUUUUAGCUUGCCUGACCCCCGAUAGGCAGCACAGUGUGUACCCUGAGCAAUCAUUAUUUUAUCUCUCGUCAGACGAGUUUUAGAGAUGACUGUGAUCUACACAAUUUGUGUGCGAGAUGACAACCAUCCGUCUUUAAAUUUCAUUGUAUAUGACGUCCAAUUUUGUUACAUGAUACAGCAUAUUAAUAAAAAAUAUCUAAAUCCGGA